CGCGACUUGUAGAUCGUGAGAAUUUAAUCUUUGGCAGUCGAUAUAUCUCUUUCCGUAUGGAUUGACUUAGACAAGCAAACACCUGGUGGAUUUUAUAAUAUUUACUCAUGACGCACAUUAGCGCAGAGUCCGGCGCGAGGGAGUCCUUUACGACUGAACCCAAAACCUCGGGUACCAGCACGGACAAACCAGAGAACCAGCUAGUUGAAAUCGAUCAGCCUGAAGCCGUUGAGGUCAGCACCGACGCCGACGCCGACGCCGACGCGGAAGCAGCAAGUGAUGGCACCACGCAGAAGAAGCCCUUGGGGUUCUAUCUCUCCUUCUUGGCUAUCAAUAUCCUCGUCUUUCUAUUUUCUCUAGAUACUACUACUCUCGCCGUGGCUAUUCCCGGUAUUGCGCAAGAACUCCAUGGCACUACGUUGGAAUCUUUUUGGGCCGGAAUCGCUUACUAUCUCGGCCUCGUUGUUAGUCUGCCCCUAUUUGCGAGCAUUUCCGACGUCUUUGGCCGGAAACCCCCGCUUUACGUAGCCUUCCUGCUCUUUACCGCCGGUUCUCUCUCAUUCUCCCUCGCCCAAAACAUGGCUGCCGUCAUCGCUGGCAGGGUCGUCCAAGGUUUGGGUGGCGGCGGUCUUGAUGUCCUUGGCGAGAUCAUAGUUUCCGACAUGACCACCCUGAAAGAGCGGCCUCUGUACCUUGGAAUUAUGGCCUUGCCCAUCGCUAUUGGCAGUAUCCUUGGGCCAACUGUCGGCGCGCUUUUUAGCGACUACGUUACGUGGCGGUGGAUUGGUUGGAUCAACCUACCGCUUUUGGGCGUCUCUUUUCCCCUACUAGCCUUCUUUCUUCGUCUUCGGUCACUCGGUUCGUCGUUCGAUGCUAAGCUGAAGCGUUUAGAUUGGAACGGUAUGUUGCUGCUUACGAUAGGAUGCACCGUGUUCGUGCUCCCUUUGAGCUGGGCUGAUGCCUUGUACCCAUGGGAUUCUUAUCAAACACUCGUUCCCUUGCUCCUAGGUGUCGCCGUCAUAGCACUAUUUGUGUUUUACGAAACGAAACCCGAGGCCCCGGUUAUCCCACUCCGAAUCUUCCGCUCCCGAACCGCGGCGGUUACCUUAUGUGGCGCUUUUAUCCACGGUAUGGCAUUAUACACACUUCUACAAUAUAUCCCGUUGUCCUACCAAGCCGUUAUGCUUGACACACGAAUCGGAGCCGCGGUAUCGUUACUUCCUACUAGUGUCAUCAGUGUCCUAGGUGCUAUUGCUUCAGUAAUCGGAAUUGGGAAGGCCGGAAUGGGUUACCAGAGGAGGAUCUGGCUAUCCUGGGGCUUGGUGACUCUGGGAACUGGUUUGUUGAUUCUAUUAGACCCGUACUCAUCGGUUGGUAUGCGAUACGGGAUCCCUAUCAUUUGGGGUGCGGGAGUCGGUGCUCUACUCCGUCUUCUACAUCUUCCUAUGCAGGCAAGCGUAUUAAGCGUUGAUGACACUGGCCAUGCGAUCGCCCUAUUGUUGACCUUCCGAUGUUUGGGCGGUCUAGUCGGACUCGCUAUUGGUUCGACAAUAUUCAGUAGCACUUUUGGGUCCGCGAUCGCUACGGUUGGAGAAUUGCCUGACUCCCUUAGUCUCCUCAGGGAUCCACACAAUGCCGUCGCUUUUAUCCCAAUAAUGCGAACCGUAAAUCUUCCGUUAGAGGUCAUAGCACCCGUCUUACAAGCGUAUUUGUCGGCCAUGCGCGGCGUAUUCUACGCAAUGCUCGGUUUCUCUGGCCUUGGUCUUGUGACAUCUUUGUUAACGGAGGAAUUAAGCCUCCAAAGGACGGAACGCGGGCGACAACACUUUGAAACGUGAUUUACCGCUACACGAUUGAAAGUGGCCCAACUAUGGCUAUGGAAGGUCAACCGGCUUAGCUUGGCGACAGCCAGGUACUCGAAUGAUGAGAUAUUAUAGUUCGGGAAUAUAUUGAUUGGGAUAUUGGAGGAUACAUGAUAAUGCUAAUAGGGGUAGCAACGCCUUUAGAUGUUGUUUAAUAUUAAUGAUAAUAG